CCCUCCCUUUUUAUCCCUCUCCACCUCCCACUGUAGCUGAAACAUGUUAUUCAGCACACGCACGCUCCUUCUGGCCCUCGCCACCACCGCGCUGGGCCAUGUAACGUCCCCGCGCCGCGGCCGCUGCGCACAGGACGACCCCUCGGAGUCCAACAUCGCCGAGAUGGAGCGCAUGGCGGAGGACGCCCGACUGCACCCCAUGGUCCGCGUCAACGCCAGCAACGCGACGCUCGAGCUGGACAUAUACUUCCACGUCAUCAGCACGGGGCCGUCGGUGGCGGAGGGGAAUCUCGGGAACGGUACACUCAUGAAUCAGCUGAAUGUCAUCAACAAAGACUACGCCCCGGCGGGCAUAAAGUACACGCUUCGCAACGUCACGCGGACCGUGAACGCGGCUUGGUACGGGGUGACCAUGGGGUCCGCGGCGGAGAUGGCCAUGAAGAAGUCGCUGCGACGGGGCACAUACCGGGACAUCAAUGUGUAUUUUGCGCGACUAUCGGGUGGCGUGCUGGGCUGGUGUACAUUCCCAGAAGUGAACCCGACAGCGCACAUGCGCACGCGCGACGGCUGCGUCGUAGCAUCGCAAUCGCUGCCGGGCGGAAUAAAGCCAUACAACCUGGGGCGGACGCUGACGCACGAGCUGGGCCACUGGCACUCGCUGUACCACACGUUCCAGGGCGGGUGCACGGCGACGAACGAUCGCGUCGAGGACACGCCGGCGGAGCGCGGACCCACGUAUGGCUGCCCAAAGACUAAUCCAGACACCUGCACCGGCGCGAGGUUCCCCGGCGUUGAUCCGAUUCAUAAUUUCAUGGACUAUACGGACGAUAUAUGCAUGAACGAAUUCACGCCCGGCCAAGUAACUCGGAUGUUCCAGGCGUUUGCGAGGAUGCGGGGCGCAGCGAGGGGCGGAUACUACCCGCAGUACUAGGAGCGCGCGGGGAGGGCUGGGGGUUGGAGGGGGGGUGUAUAUGGGGGGUGUAUGUGG